AUGGACAACUUGGACAUCGACCUAGAGUCAGCUGAAACAGCAGCUUCCCACUACCUGUCGCGCCCUGUCACGGCAGAUUCUGCCGUCACUUCGCGGACGGCCUCCACCAACGAUGAAAUCACAAGACAUGUAAGGCAGACAGAAAGGCUACAUUCCCAGCGCUUGCAGCAUGUCCAUACUGUGGGAUCGACUCCUGGCUCCCGCAGUGUGAGCAGGGCCGAGUCCGAACCCCUUCCGCCGUUCGGGGGUGGGAAACCAUACCCUCCUGCCAUCCCCGCAGAACGAGAGGCUUAUGUGGUCGAUUUCGCCGGUGUCGACGACCCGUCACAUCCCCUGAACUGGCAAUGGCGCAGGAAGCUGGCUGUUGCAGCUGUAGGAGCCCUCGCUUGUCUAUGCUCGACGUUCGGAUCCGCCGUCCUUUCACCCGCCACAGCCCGCAUUGGAGAAUACUUUCACCUGUCCGUUGAAGUCAGUUCACUGUCAAGUGCCCUCUACCUGGCUGGUUAUGGAUUUGGCCCAACUCUUUGGGCGCCUAUGUCAGAGCUUCGAGGUCGCAAACUGCCCCUCCUUAUUGGUAACUUCGGAUUUUCAAUCUUUGCCCUCGCUACCGCAGUCUCAAAGGACGUGCAGACUCUUAUGAUAUGCCGAUUCUUCAUGGGUGUGUUUGGAAGCAGCCCAAUCGUCAUUGUCGCUGCUGUUUACUCUGACAUCUACCGGGCGGAGCAACGAGGGUUGGCUCUGACCAUGUUCGCGGUGGCUGUCUUCCUUGGACCGAUGGUUGCUCCGAUCGUCGGUUCCUUCACGGUAACCAGCUAUCUAGGCUGGCGAUGGAACGGUUACUGGUCCAUGAUUAUGGGAUUCGCAACAUUCCUCCUAAUUGUCUUGGUCGUCGAAGAGACAUACCCGCCGGCCGUACUGGUUUCGAAAGCAGAGCUCCUACGCCGACGGACAAAAAACUGGGCAAUCCACGCCAAGCAGGAAGAGAUCGAGAUUAGCAUUCAAGAGCUGAUCGAGAAGAACCUGACAAGGCCUCUCCGGAUGCUUGUCACAGAGCCUCUUCUUCUUCUGACGGGCUUCUAUUUGUCUUUCGUCUACGGAUUGAUGUACGUUACUUUGUCAGCUUAUCCCUUGAUCUUUCGGGGAGUACACGGUAUGACACCGGGAGUUGGAAGCCUCCCAUUCCUCGGGAUUGCUUUAGGUAUGGUCAUGGCUGGAAUUGCAUCGAUCUCGAUGAACAGCCGCUGGGCUCGGAAAUAUCGAAGUAACAACAACAGAGCCUUACCCGAAUGGAGACUCCCUCUAGCCAUGGUUGGUGGCUUUGUCUUCACAAUUGGCCUAUUCUGGCUGGGAUGGACUGGAGCAUACAGCAACAUCCACUGGAUUGUGCCGACCAUUGCUGGUGUCUUUGUUGGGUUCGGUCUCUUGUCGAUAUUCAUGCAACUCGUCAUGUACAUCAUUGACGCCUAUCUCAUGUUCGCUGCUUCCGCCCUGGCAGGAAACACCAUCAUACGGUCUCUCUUCGCGGCGGCCUGUCCUUUAUUCGAUCGACAGAUGUUUGAAAAUAUGAAGAUCCAAUGGGGCUUCACACUCUUGGGCUGUGUCGCGGCAGUCCUCGUACCCGUGCCUCUCCUUUUGCACUUAUAUGGCCCCAAGCUUCGACAGAAGAGUAAAUGGGCACCCACGUUCUCUCUUCCACCCCAAGUACAUCACGAGCGGGAGAAGGAGACCGAACUCGAUCAGACAAGCUUGCAAGGCGCAGCACAGAAAGGCGUGAAAGAUAAGGAGAUUGAUAUUUAA